AUGAAUGUACCACUGACUUUUUCUGUCGACGAUGUAGAAGAAGAAAUGGAAGAUCACAACGACCCAUUAUUGUUCACAUUACCCAUCUCAGGAUGGGAUGUGAAGAAGAUCUUGAUUGAUGAGGGGAGUUCAGUCAACGUCUUAUUUUAUGAUACUUUCAAACGAAUGAAGUUAAACGAUGAACAAUUGAUGUCUUCCUACUACAAUAUCUAUGGAUUCAACGGAGCAGCUACAAAUCCUCUGGGGGACAUCGUUCUAGAAGUCAAGGCUAGGCCGAUAAAAGUAAGUACCAGAUUCAUCGUAAUAGAUGCACCAUCACCUUACAACGCCAUCAUUGGACGACGGUGGGUGCAUAAACUCAAGGGAGUAGCGGAAACAUACCACCAGUACCUAAGGUUCCCAACUCCCAAAGGGGAAAUAGAAAUCAAAGGAGAUCAAAUUACCGCACGAGAAUGCCAAGCUCAGAAAACCAACUCAACAUUGAACAAGAAGAACAACGUAGAUCCCAAAGGGGCAAAAACAAAGCAGAAGCCAAAGACAGAGUAG